AUGGCCUCAGGGUCACCAUCCACAGAUCUGGAAGAGGAAUUAAACUGUCCCAUCUGCCUGGAGUGCCUAACAGAACCUGUUACCCUGGAUUGUGGCCACAAUUUCUGUCGGGGUUGCAUCGCUGACUACAGUGAUAAAUGGGAAGGACUGGGGCACCUGGAGUGUCCUGUCUGCAAAGCUGAGAUACAGAAAGGGAAUUUCCGCUCAAACUGGCAGCUGGCAAACUUGGUAGAAAAAAUAAAAGAGAAGAGAUUUUGUGCGAGAAAUCCAGGAACAGAAGAUCUGUGUCCAACACACGGGCAGAAACUCCUUUUCUUCUGCAAGGAUGAUGAAAAACUCAUGUGUCGCAUUUCACCAGGACAAAUGGAGAAGUCCCUCAUGAUCAAGAAGGCCAAAACUCAGAGCAGGAUGUUGCCUGCAAUCGUGGCUGCUAGAAAAGGGAGAGUUUGCCAGAAGCACCAGGAGCCGCUGAAGCUCUUCUGCAAGAAUGAUGAAGCCCUCAUCUGUUGGGUCUGUGAUCGAUCCAAGGAGCACAGAGAUCAUGAAACCCUUCCUCUUGAGGAGGUCUCCCAAGAGUACAAGGAUCAGUUCUGCAACCGCCUGGAGAUAUUGAAGAAGGAGAGAGAAAGAAUUGUGGCAUGUAAAGCAGAGGUAGUGAAGGAAAGCCAAGACCUGCUCAAGCAAACCACAGGAGAGAAGCAAGAGACGGUGGCCAAGUUCAGGCAACUACACUCAUUUGUGGAGGAAAAAGAGAAACUUCUCCUGGCCCAGAUGGAAGAGGUGGAGAAGGAGGUGGCAAGAAACAGGGACCAGCACCUGGCCAAACUCUCUGAGGAACUGUCCUCUCUGGACAGCCUCAUCCAGGAGAUGGAGGGAAAGUGUCAGCAGCCGGCCAGUGAUCUCCUGAAGGAUGCCAGAAGUACCUUGCAGAGGUACGAAGAAAAGGAGGCGUUUGAGGAUCGAGUGGCUUUUCCUCUUGUGCUGAAGUGGCACGUCUUGGACUUCUCUGAUCUAGAUGUCUUUUUGGAGGGCAUCAAGAACCAAUUCAAAGAUACUCUGGAUUCUGGACUUCUCCUGCAGAAAGCAAAUGUGACUCUGGAUCCAGACACGGCCCAUCCCGGACUCCUCCUGUCUGAGGACUGGAAAAGCGUGAGAGAUGGAGAAAAAGCUCAAGCUCUGCCCAGCAACCCUGAGAGAUUUUCCACAUAUACUGCUGUGCUGGGCUGUGAGAGAUUCACAGCAGGCCGCCAUUUCUGGGAAGUCCUUGUGGGAAGUGAGGAAAGAUGGGCUGUGGGGGUGGCCAGAGAGUCCGUGAGGAGGAAGGGAAGGAUCACCUUUGGUCCCGAGAGAGGGAUCUGGGCUGUGGGGAAGUGGUGUGGGCACUACAGGGCUUCCAUAAAAGGACAAUACCAUCCCCUGUCCCUGACCAGGGAGCCCAAGAGGAUCCGAGUCUGCCUGGACUACGCUGGGGGCCGAGUGGCCUUUUUCGACGCUGACCGAGGAUCCCUGAUCCACGAGUUCUCCGGAGCCUCCUUCCGUGGAGAGACCCUCCUGCCCUUCUUUUGGGUGAAUUCAAAAGCCCACCUCAAGCUCUCUUCUUCUUAA